AUGAUUAUUGAUAGUUGCUAUGAAGGCGUUAUCGCCAAGUUAACUUCACAGGGUAAAAUAAAACAAAUGUCACAAGAAUUAUUAUUACUCAAAACUAACAGUGAGAGAGUGAUCUUUGUUUAUAAAAUUUUUGAGGAUCUUAAUGCUUUUCCAAAUGUCACAGAAAUGAAGAAAAGUAAUGAUCUUUCUUUACACUACCGUAACCUUGGCAACAAAAGCUUUCAACAAGAAGAGUACCAUAAAGCGUGGCAGUAUUAUAACUUAUCACUUCUGAAUGCUCCUUCAAAUUCUGAAAACUAUUGUCUUGCUCUGUCUAACAGAUCAGCAGUGUUCUUUGAACUAAACAAAUACAAAGAAUGUUUACAAGAUAUAAAUACUUUUUUUUCUUUGAACUAUCCUGAAAGAAUAACUGAAAGGCUUAACAACAGGAAGGAAAUGUGUAUGCAGGCUUUAAGCAAACAGAAAGAGGAAGUAGAGAAAACUGAUUUUCAAGAGUUCUUACAAAUGAAAAGUGAAAAAGAUCCUCGAUAUGUAAGUGCAAGCAAUAAAUUAAAAGUUUUAUACACGAAGGAAAUGGGUAGGCAUGUCAUUGCCAAAGAGGAUAUAAAAGUAGGUGAAGUUAUAAUUGAAGAAAAUCCAUAUGUGACUCUGUUACUUAAGUCUCAAUACUUAUUUUGUUGUAAUUAUUGUAUCUCGAGGAGUUUGAAUCUUAUGCCAUGUGAUGCCUGUUGUUUUUGUCUUUACUGUAGUGAGGAAUGUAAAGAAAAGGCUAUGAAAGAGUUUCAUGCUAUUGAAUGCCCGCUAAUGGCUACCCUAGUUGAAAUGGACUUUACUAAGUUAGAACUUCUUGCUCUGAGAACUGUACUUAAAGCUCGUCAUGAUCAUAAGAAUUGGAAUGACUUCUUUAAAACAAUUGAAGAUGCUGAAGCUAACAUUGGCACUGAACUACAAGGACAUAUUCAGGUUGAUGGCAAGUGGGUAUAUGAUUCCAAAUACUAUGCACCUAUUCAUACAUUAGCUACAAAUUUAGAUAAACGAUCUAUUUCUGAUAUAUUUCAAAAGUCUGUUACUGCCGUUGUGUUUUUAAGAUUUUUAAAAUACAAUUCAAAUUUUUUGAAAGCUGAUAAUGAAGAUCAAAAUGAGAAAAUUUUCAAAUGUGUAGCUGGACUGUUAUUGUUACAUUUGAUGACGACUCCCACAAAUAUGCAUGGUAUUAGUUCUAACAUUGAAAGUGAGAAGGGUACUUUUGUAGAUGAAAUAAGUGUAGCAAGUGCCCCAUAUGCCUUUUGUAGCCUUAUCAAUCACUCAUGUGCCCCAAAUGUUGUAAGGUUCUGUAAGCUAGGCACUGGAAGAAUGUGUGUGUUUGCUCUACGCCCAAUUAAAAAAGGAAUGCAAAUUUUUGAUAACUAUGGACCUCAUCAUGCUAUUGAAGAACGAAGUUCACGUCAGGCUACCCUUAAAUUUCAGUACAAAUUUACGUGUUCAUGUGAAGCAUGUGUCAAUAAUUGGCCUUCUUACAUUAGUCUAACUAUGAUGUUUAAAAAAAUACGUGCAAAAUUAGUUCAAUCUAAAAACAGUUUGUUAAAUGCUAAUGUAAUAGACAAACUACAAAAAGGAGAUGUAGAAACUGCAUUUAAAUGUUAUGAAAAAUUGUGUGUCCUUUGUAAAGAACUAGAGCCUUAUGCACCGUGUGCAGAGCUUUGUGACUGCCAAGAAGCUUUAAAACAAUGCUUGGCGAUAUUUGAGGGUUUAGUACCAUAUGGUAAUAGUUUGAUGAUUAAAUGGAAACCAGUCACUUCUAAUACAAGCAGGAAUUAAAAAGUUGGCGUUGUUGGUGUGUGAGUUACUCAAAAUAAAUUAAGAUUAGUUUAUAGUCAGUUAAUUUUUUUUAUUAAAUAUUUUAUUUAAGUAGAUUUUUAAAGUACUUCUGAAUCUGAUUAGAAUUAUAUACAUAUUAUAAUUUUCA